GGUGUGUUACGGACUAAGUGGAUCUCCAAAUGACAGAGCGCUAGGUAGAGGGAAGACAGCAGAUCGGUCAUCUCAAGUUGACAUAUUACCCACUUCUUUUAUGAAGCGACGUAUCAUUGUUGCUGCUUUGUCGCCGUUGUUUAGACAGUAACAUAAUGUGACUGCUUAUGUAGGACAGUACGUAGUAGAGUAUUUAAAUAAAUGUAGGGCUACCUGAAAGGAACUUGACAGUUUGCGUGGUUAGGCAUUGGGGUUUUUGCAUAGUGCCAUAAAUUAUUUAGCUAGCUAAGUUACCUAACUACGAUUAGAUAGCACGUAAACGCUCUCCUCCCUAUCAGCUUCAAGCUGUUUUGAAGAUAUGGAUAUUGACAUUAGUACCAUUUUAGGAUGCUCUCUCGGUAUUGUUUUGGGAGGACUUACUCUUGCUGCUUAUAAACUUGGUCUUUUGUACCAGCUCUUCCACAAGACAGAGACGAAGAGCCCUCGACAUGGCGGCGAGAGUGUGGCGGAGGUGCUGCGUGCCCACGGGGUCAAGUUCGUCUUCACCCUCGUCGGGGGCCACAUAUCCCCCAUCCUGGUGGCGUGCGAAAAGCUCGGGAUCAGAAUCGUGGACACAAGACACGAGGCCACGGCGGUGUUCGCUGCUGACGCCGUGGCCCGACUCUCAGGUACUAUAGGCGUAGCUGCGGUGACUGCAGGCCCAGGCCUCACCAACACAGUGACUGCGGUGAAGAAUGCACAGAUGGCCGAAUCGCCUCUGCUCCUGAUCGGGGGUGCGGCGGGCACCAUGCUGCAGGGUCGAGGAGCAUUGCAGGACAUUGACCAGAUGUCGCUGUUCAAGCCGCUUUGCAAGUUCUGUGCGUCGGUCCGGACCAUCAGGGAGAUCGUGCCUGUCGUCAGGAAGGCCUUGGCCGUCGCACAGUCUGGGACUCCUGGGCCUGUGUUUGUGGAGUUCCCCAUCGACACACUCUACCCGUAUCACCUGGUGUCCAAAGAGUUUGGCGUGAAGAACCCUCCCAAAGGCCUCAUGGGAAAAAUCGUCACCUGGUACAUCCAGAAUAGCCUCUCAAACCUGUUUGCCGGCGCUUGGGAACCCCGUGAUGUGUCACCUUUACCUGUACAGAUUCCGCUGGCCACAGACGACCAGGUCCAAAGAUGCAUAGAGCUUGUGAGCAGAGCCAAGAAGCCAGUUAUCCUAUUGGGCAGCCAGGCUACUCUCCCUCCAACACCCGUGGAGGACAUCAGGAAGGCCUUGGAGACUUUGGGUAUCCCAUGCUUCCUGGGUGGAAUGUCCCGAGGGAUGCUGGGAAAAGACAGCCCCAUACACAUCAGACAGAACCGACGUGACGCCCUGAAAGAGGCUGAUCUGGUGGUGCUAGCAGGUACGGUGUGCGACUUCCGCCUCAGCUAUGGCAGAGUGCUGAACCGACGCAGUAAAAUCAUCGCCGUGAACCGAGACAAGAGCCAGCUACUGAAGAACUCUGACAUGUUCUGGAAGCCUACAGUGGCCAUUCAGGGAGAUGCAGGGUCUCUCCUACAGCGUCUCUCUGAGGGACUGAAGGGGUACAAGUGUCCUGAGGACUGGCCCCAGAGCUUAAAACAGGGGGACAUCACCAAAGAGAAUGCAAACCGAUCGAAGGCGGACGAGAAGACAGAUCACCAUCUCAACCCGCUGAGCGUGUUGCACCGCGUGGACGAGCUCAUGGCCGAGGACAGCAUCAUCGUCGCCGACGGCGGAGACUUUGUGGGCAGCGCAGCGUACAUCAUGAGGCCGCGGGGACCGCUGCGUUGGCUUGACCCAGGGGCUUUCGGGACACUGGGUGUGGGAGGAGGCUUUGCUCUUGGGGCAAAGCUCUGCAGACCGGAAUCAGAGGUUUGGGUCGUCUAUGGCGAUGGUUCCCUUGGCUACAGUGUGGCAGAAUUUGACACCUUCACUCGGCAUAAGACUCCUGUGAUCGCUGUGGUGGGAAAUGAUGCUUGCUGGAGUCAGAUAUCCAGAGAGCAGGUCCCUAUCCUGGGAAGUAACGUGGCCUGUGGUCUGGCUUUCACAGACUACCACGUUGUUGCCAAUGGCUUCGGAGGCAUCGGCCACCUGGUUGGGCGCGAGAAUGAGGCGCAGCUGGAUGACAUCAUCAAGGAGGCGCAGCAUCAGAGCAGGGAGGGCCGGGCGACGCUACUCAACGUCCUCAUCGGGAAGACCAACUUCCGAGAGGGCUCGAUCUCCGUGUAGGACUCCUCCUCCUGACACUGUACUCCUCCCAACCCGGCCAGAGAAGGAAAUCACUAAGCAUUUUAUUCAGCCCUGAGAAUCAUUCCAACUUUACUGCACUCAUGUGCUCUAUCAGAAGCCCAAUGAUUUAAGUGAUACUGUAAAUGAGAGAUGGCUGGGAUGAAUGUGCAUAUACUAGGGCGUAGGGGGCGCCCUUGGGGCAGAGAAUGGAAUGCUGUUGUAUGCUGUGCUGCCUCUCCCCUACUGUACUCUAAUGUACUGCACGGGUUUUGUAGAAAAGGGAAUUAUAGCAACAGUUAUAUGUGCAACUCCAGUUAUCCUCUCCACCAGCAGUUCUUCAGCCAAGUUCAUUGAAGGCCUUAUAGUUGAACUAUAUAUGUAUAUGUGUUGACUUGGAAAAAAAUAUGUAUUACACUUAAUUAUUAUUUUUUAAUAUUGGAACCUUAUUAGGAAUUGCAAAAGUUGCAAUGAAUCAAUAUGAAGUAACCGUUUACAAUUGAUGGUUAAAUGUCUGGUGUAUCCUCAAAACAUGCUGCAGGUCUACAGAACUGUGACCUGGAAUGCCAAUAAACAGAAUGCUCAUUCACCUGUAAUGACUGAAUGUGAAAUCUCACUUUUACAAGCAACAACACACAGAGAAAGUAUGUCACCCAGGAGUUCUCUCUGAACGACUAAGCAGACCAUUGACAAAUCAUUUGAUUUAAUGUUCAAGAGCACAUCAAAACCUGCUCAAUUAAAACGGUUCAGUAACAUGAAAGCAAAUUCUAUAAUCUCCUUUUAUGUGUGUGGGGGGCGCAAAUUCUGUCCACUGGUAUGAUUUAUUUGAUGAAUUUCCUGAGCACGUCUUACUUCUAUGCCUUUAGUGGACACAGAUCAGUCCAUUUGUCUGUUUGAGAGGGAAAACAGUGCUGAAUAGAAGGGAUUGGGGAAAAAAUUGAAAUGUUUGGUGUUGCAAUAAAGAAAUGAAUGGGCA